UGUUGUUUUUUAUAGGCUAUUUCGCAGUUAGCAGCAGCUGAUUCAUUUGUAUUAAAUAUAAAAUACACUGAACAAUAAUAAUAAUACCUAGGUAUAUAAAAAUAAUUUAAAACUGUGUUUAAAAGGCCAUUCGUGUUGUGUACAUUUUUUUGUAGCAAAGCAUUAAAAAUGACAUAACUUUCGACAUAUUUGUAAUGUAUAGUGUAUAGUGUAAAGAUUAAGUUGUACAUCAUAAAGAAAAUGUUAACUUUAGACGUCGUUCCAGAAAGAUCUCUGGGCUGUGAACAAUGGGAAUUUGUUUUAGGUAUGCAUUUUUGUCAAGCUGUAGCAAUAAUUCAAUCCCAAGUUGGUAUUAUAAAAGGGGUUCAAGUAUUAUACAACGAUAAGAACCCUUUAAGUGUUGAUCUCAUAUUGGACCUACCCCAAGAUGGUAUUCGAUUUGUGUUUCAUCCUGUUAACCAACGUCUUAAAAUGAUCGAAAUAGUUAAUUUGAAAAAUAUUAAACUUCAAUAUUGUGGAGUGUUGUUCAACGCUCCCGAAGUGAUGCCCACCAUUGAGCAAGUAGAACAUACGUUCGGGGCUACUCAUCCUGGUGUGUUCGAUGCAGAAAAACAAACAUUUACGUUGAAUUUCAGAGGGAUUUCAUUUUGUUUUAAUGUGGAUUCCAAAUUUCAAGCCGGUAAUGCUCAGUGUGGUCUGGGAUCGUUACAAUUUGCUAAUGGAGCAUCGCCUAAUGUUAGCCGAGUAAUUAUAUUUUCUGGCCAUCCAAUACCUGGUCAAGAUAUGUUAAGCGUUCCAUCACACCCGUUAUCCUGUUAUAAAGGACUUACUUACUUGGAGCGAUUAGACGUUCAAAGAGACCAUAGAAGUACUAAAGGAUUUCAAGUACAGUUCUAUUUGGAGGGUUCUGGUGUGAACCGUGGACGUAAAGUCUCACAUACUCGUGAAAUUCAAUUUGGAAUGUCAUGCCAAGAUGUCACUUCUAUGUUGGGAACUCCUUCGCAAGUAUUUUACAAAUCGGAAGAUAAAAUGAAAAUACAUUCGCCCAAUAUUCAUAAACAUAUAACAGUGCCGAGGCGUUCAGAUUAUUUUUUCAACUAUUUUACUUUAGGUUUUGAUAUACUUUUUGAUGCGAAAACACACAAGGUGAAAAAGUUUAUUGUACAUACCAAUUUCCCAGGACAUUAUAACUUUAAUAUAUAUCAUAGGUGCGAAUUUAACAUUGCUCUGACAACUGGAAAAUCAAAAUAUGAGCUGUCUAACGACUGCAAAAAGUAUACGGAUAAAAAAUCGAAAUCUAUUGUUGUAACUACGUACACCAAAUGGGAUGAAAUAUCUGAAAAAUUAAAACACAGUGAACGACCUGUAGUGUUGAAUCGGGGUUCGUCUGAAAAUUCUACUAAUCCGUUUGGAUCAACAUUUUGUUACGGUUACCAAGACAUGGUAUUUGAAGUGAUGCAAAAUCAGCAUAUCGCUUCGAUUACAUUUUACCAAAGUGACAUUGAAGAUGAUGUAUGACGAAAACUUUUCGCCACACGGGGUCAAGUGGCUAUGUUCAAUUUUCAUUAAUAAUCGACUUUCUUAUUAUUAUCAUUAAAGCAGUAUUUAAUAUAUUAUAACAUAACAAAUCUAUGUACAAUAAAUAAUAUAUAAGCGUAUACAAAUAAUGUUAUAAAUUUGUAUAAAUAUUGUAUAAUAUAAUGCUAGUUCUACACUCUCACCAAGGCAGCGUGAGGCAACCCAAGCGCGAGAGUGUGGUCGGUGCUCUCGCUUGGCCUUGCCUAGCCUCGUCUCGUAUCGUCUCCGAUGUUGAUUUUUAUGCACUAGUCAAAGAACACUAGGCGACGAUGCUCCAAUAUGUAACCAAUAGCGAGGUGCUGCGAGAGUAUAGAUGGUAAAGUACUCUUGGUACCUUUCCUCGCUUCAGUUUCAUAUAACCUCUCGCGCGAGUUGCGAGGUGAUAGUGUAGAGUUAGCUUAAUAUUUAUUACUAAUGUGACAAAUUUAUCUUAAAAUGUUGAGAUUAUUAUAAUUUUAUUUAAUUAAAGAAAUAUAUUAUAUUUAUAUAUAAAAUAAUAAUGCUCGAAAAUGUUUGGAGUAGAUAAAGAAUUCUCAUGUUCACAUGUUAAUAGUUGUGUUACAAAUUAACUAUGUACAUAUUAUAAGUAGGUAUUAUAUUAAUUUAUUUCCUUGGUCUGCUUUUUUGAAAGUUAAACAAUUUUUUAUUUAAUAAUUUAUAAUAGCUGUAAAGUAAAAUAAGUGUUUAAAAUUUUUAAAAUCUCUUAAUUCUAUAUUAAUUGUAGUUAAGCUCGUAACUUUUUUGUCAGUUUACCACUUUAUAAUUUAUUUAUCUUUUUAGGUAAUUUAUAUUUAACACUAUUAUAAAUAAUUUUCAUUUAACUACUUAACUAGUUCAUUUAAAAUUUAAUAAAAACCGAAAUGAUUUAUAUUAUGAUCUCAGUAGUUAGAAUAAUAUAACACGCGGGAUA